AUGUUUGGCCGCGUGCCAAGACUUCCUGUAGACGUGAUGUUCAAACAGGUGCUCCGAGAUCCUUUGGUAGUGGAUUAUAGUAGCCACGCCAAGACACUACUCUCUCACCUUCAUGAGGCAGCAGCCAUCGCACAACAGCAUUGUGCCAAAGAGCAACAAAAACAAGCUCGGGGAUAUAACAAAAGAGUAAAGGGCACCCAUUUGAACGUUGGAGAUUGUGUACUGAUUGCUAAUAAGGGAGAGAGAGGGAGGAGGAAACUUGCCGAUAAGUGGGAGGCAACCGUCUACGUGGUCAUCAACCGGAACCCUCUGACACAUACCUAUGUGGUGCAAGAUGAGAACGGAGCUAAGAGAGUUGUACAUCGCAAUCUCUUGUUGGACAUCAGUUUUUUACCUGUUCAGAUGGAACUUGGAGGAGCCAGUAAUCUGCAUCUCAAUGAAUGUGAUGAUGAAUGGGAGUCCGUUGCUAACUCACAGCCCCAGGAUCUUGCAGAUUGUUUAGAGAGUGAAAGCUCAGAGAGACGAACAAGCCUUUGGGUGCUAGAUGAAACAGAACAUUCCCUGGGUCAAAGCUCUCAAAGUGAAACUGGAUCUGUGCAGUUCGAUACUGAGAGAGAACAGCAGAGCCAAUGUGAUGAUUGCUUUGAGAAGUCCUCUGAGGAUGAGUGUCAUAUAACAGAAACUUCAUGUCCAUCUGGCUCCUUCAAAGCAUCUCAAGGGGACCAGCAAUGUCUCCAGUGUCCCAUCAACAGCCGUACCACCAGUGUGGGUGCAACCAACUGUGUGUGCCGCAGUGGAUACUACCGUGCAGACUCUGACCCUCUACAGAUGCCCUGUACCACGGUUCCGUCAGCGCCCCAGAGAGUGAUUUCUAGCGUGAACGAGACUUCCCUGCGGCUGGAGUGGGAUCCACCGAAAGAGAGCGGAGGCCGGGAGGACGUGGUCUACAACAUCAUCUGCAAGAGCUGCAGUUCAGGUCGAGGGGCCUGCACUCGCUGCGGUGACAAUGUGCAGUUCGUGCCCCGCCAACUGGGCCUGACCGAUCCACGGGUCCAUAUCAGUGACCUGCUGGCCCACACGCAGUACACGUUUGAGAUUCAGGCUGUGAAUGGAGUGUCUGACCAGAGUCCAUACUCACCUCAGUUCACUGCUGUCAACAUCACCACAAACCAGGCCGCUCCAUCUGCUGUGUCAAUCAUGCAUCAGGUCAGUCGAACCGUGGACAGUAUCACACUGUCCUGGUCCCAGCCAGACCAGCCCAAUGGAGUCAUUUUGGACUAUGAGCUGCAAUAUUAUGAGAAGAAUAUGGCAGAGUCGAACUCCACUCUACUGCGGAGUCAGAUUAAUACAGCGGUUAUCCGGGGCCUGAAGCCGGAGACCAUCUACGUCUUCCAGGUGCGAGCCAGAACAGUGGCGGGCUUUGGACGUUUAAGUGGGAAGAUGUACUUCCAAACAAUGACUGAAGAGGAGUACAGCUCCAGCCUGCAGGAGAAACUGCCCCUCAUUAUCGGCUCUGCUGCUGCUGGUGUUGUUUUUCUCAUCGCUGUGGUUGUGCUCAUUAUCGUCUGUAAUCGGAGAGGCAGUGACAGGACAGAAUCUGAAUACACUGACAAGCUUCAGCAUUACACAAGCGGCCACAUGUCUCCAGGAAUGAAGAUCUACAUUGAUCCUUUCACAUAUGAGGAUCCCAAUGAGGCAGUGCGCGAGUUCGCCAAAGAAAUAGACGUGACCUGUGUGAAAAUCGAGCAAGUCAUUGGUGCAGGUGAGUUUGGAGAGGUAUGCAGCGGUAAUCUCAGGCUUCCUGGGAAGAGGGAGAUUCUGGUGGCCAUUAAGACUCUGAAAUCAGGCUACACUGAUAAGCAGCGGCGGGACUUCCUGAGCGAAGCCAGCAUCAUGGGGCAGUUUGACCAUCCCAACAUCAUCCACCUGGAAGGAGUGGUGACCAAGAGCACUCCAGUAAUGAUCAUCACUGAAUUCAUGGAGAACGGAUCACUGGACUCCUUCCUUCGGCAAAACGAUGGCCAGUUCACUGUCAUUCAGUUGGUUGGCAUGCUGCGUGGCAUUGCAUCUGGCAUGAAAUACCUCUGUGACAUGAACUACGUACAUCGUGAUCUGGCUGCCCGCAACAUCCUGGUUAACAGCAAUCUAGUCUGCAAAGUAUCCGAUUUUGGGCUUUCUCGCUUUCUGGAAGAUGACACAUCAGAUCCUACAUACACAAGCGCCCUGGGAGGGAAAAUUCCAAUACGAUGGACUGCUCCCGAAGCCAUUCAAUACAGGAAGUUCACGUCCUCGAGUGAUGUGUGGAGCUAUGGGAUCGUAAUGUGGGAGGUCAUGUCCUAUGGAGAGCGACCAUACUGGGACAUGAGCAAUCAAGAUGUAAUAAAUGCAAUCGAGCAGGAUUAUAGGUUACCUCCUCCUAUGGACUGUCCAAAUGCACUGCACCAACUAAUGUUGGACUGCUGGCAGAAGGACCGAAACAACCGUCCGAAAUUCAAUCAGAUUGUUAACACUCUGGAUAAGAUGAUCCGUAAUCCUGGCAGCCUGAAGGCCACCACUCCUCUCUCUUCAGGCGUACAUCUACCUCUGCUGGACCGCAGCACACCUGACUUCUCCAGCUUCAGCACAGUGGAUGAAUGGCUUGAUGCCAUCAAAAUGGGCCAGUACAAGGAGAACUUUGCCAAUGAAGACCUCACUACCUUUGAAGCCGUAUCUCAGAUGACCAUGGAUGACAUUCUGAAGGUGGGAGUCACACUAGCAGGCCACCAGAAGAAGAUUCUCAACAGUGUGCAGAUGAUGCGAGCCCAAAUGAACCAGAUCCAGUCAGUGGAGGUUUGAUUCUUAAGAGUGGAGGAUGGGACCAGCCUGUGCACACCAGACCCCUGUGGACCUCCUCACAGAAAGACGCCCCCCUCAGCGAGCCCUGUGUCCAGAGCCCAGAAGUAGGGGAUGAUCAAGAACAGAUCCCCGCAAGACCGCUAUGGUCUCGAUACAGCACCAGCACACUGAAGGCAAGCUGUAGUCUUUGCAAUGGCCAAAAUUAUCCAUAAAUGUAAUUCUGGCUGCAUUUACAUGCAAGUUUAUGUUCCAGUAUUAUCUCUGACUUUGCGGUAUAUCUAAUAAACCACAUAAAAACCUCUCAUGUCUUUUUAAAUGUUGGUAUAUCUGUUAUUUAAUAGACAUUUAAGAAUCAAUUUUCUAAUUUAAGGUGGCAUCCUUGUCAAAUAUACAAUUUGCAUAAAAAUAAUAGCCUUUUGUAUGUAAAUUCCUUGCUCUAAGCAGCUUUCUCUAUUGUUACAUCAUGAAAUGUGCUACCGAUUACCUGCAAAUCACCUGCCAAGUAACUAUUUUUGCUAAAGUUUUUCUGAGCAUCUUAUGGGUCCAUU